ACAACACAAAUAACAAUGAAUCUCCUUCUUCCUCUUUGUUUAGUUCUGUCUCUUUUUCCUAUAUUUGCAGUUCCAACGGUGUUGUUUCAGUGAUUUGUUAGGGAUUCAAUUGGGAAUCGAGUAAUAAGCAAGGUGGAUGGUACAACACUCUCAUCAACUUAGUUCCAUACUUGGCUAAUGCUGGAAUUACUCAUGUUUGGUUACCACCACCAUCUAAUUCUGUUUCGCCUCAAGGAUAUAUGCCACAGAAACUGUAUGACUUAGAUUCGUCAAAGUUUGGGAAUGGGCAACAACUGAAAGAUCUUAUAAAGGCGUUAAAUGGUCAGGGGAUCAAAGCUGUUGCUGAUAUAGUAAUAAACCACAGAUGUGCUGAUCAAAAAGAUAGCAGGGGAAUAUACUGCAUCUUUGAAGGUGGAACGUCUGAUGACCGUCUUGAUUGGGGCCCGAAUAUGAUUUGCAAAGGUGACACACAAUAUUCUGAUGGCACUGGAAAUGAUGACACUGGUGAGGACUUUGGAGGUGCCCCUGAUAUCGAUCAUCUUAACGAAAGAGUCCAAAAAGAGUUAUCAGAUUGGAUGAAUUGGCUCAAAUCUGAUAUUGGAUUUGAAGGUUGGAGAUUCGAUUUUGUUAAAGGAUAUGCCCCAAGUAUCACCAAGAUUUAUAUGGGAAACACGUCCCCGGAUUUUGCAGUUGGUGAAUACUGGGACACUAAUAGGGAUGUUAUAGCUAAUUGGGUCCAAAAUGCUGGUGGUUCAAAAGCUUUUGAUUUCCCAACUAAAGGGAUUUUACAAGAUGCUGUACAAGGGAAUUUAGGCAAAUUGAAAAAUUCAGAUGGAAAACCUCCUGGUUUGAUUGGUAUUUUACCUCAAAAUGCAGUGACUUUUAUCGAUAAUCAUGAUACUGGUUCCACACAACAUAUGUGGCCAUUCCCUUCAGAUAAAGUUAUACAAGGAUACGCGUAUAUUCUUACUCAUCCAGGGGUUCCUUCUGUGUUUUAUGACCAUUUCUUUGAUUGGGGAUUGAAAGACGGAAUUACAGCGUUGGCUUCUAUUAGGAAGAGGAAUGGGAUAUCUGAAACAAGUAAUUUGCAAAUUCUGGCAGCUGAUUCUGAUCUUUAUGUAGCAAUGAUUGAUGAGAAGGUUAUUGUUAAGAUUGGGCCAAAAACUGAUCUUGGAAGUCUUAUUCCACCAAAUUAUCAAGUGGCAACUACUGGACAAGACUAUGCUGUAUGGGAGAAAAAGGCAUAAAAAUUGUCAUUUGAUCUUAUAGGAAAUUUUUACUACAAUAUUCAAUUGAAUGAAGCUAAUGUAUUUAAUUUAUAGA